AUGGCAGCCCUUCCGCAACAGAAAGUACACGAUGUGAUCAAGCAAUACCGACCUGCAAGACAAUUUCCCGGGUCUACUCGCUCAGAUGGAGUUGAGAGUCGUGUCACAUCCCUUGAUUUCGACGACAUGGGCGAGUUCCUCGUCGCAGCCUCAGACGACGAAACGAUGCAUGUCUACGAUAUAAAAGAGGGAAAGAGAACCAAGACGAUACCCAGCAAGAAGUAUGGCAUACAUCUGGCGCGAUUUACUCACCACCCACGCAACGUUCUGUUUGCCAGCACGAAGCAAGAAGACUCUCUGCGCUUAUUGGAACUCCACAAUGAGAGCUUCGUUCGCUAUUUUACGGCCCACACGGGACAAGUAACUUGCAUAGCACUGUCACCAGGCAGCGAUCAGUUUUUAUCGUGCGGCAAUGACGACAUGGUCUGUCUGUGGGAUUUGAACUCCAGAAGCCCGCAGGGGAAACUGAAACUUGUUACUCCCUACCUCGCAGCCUACGAUCCCUCUGCGCAAAUCAUGGCGAUAGCGUCACAAUCCACCUCCUCUAUCCUUCUGUACGAUGUGCGAAACUUCGACAAGGCUCCCUUCGCUACAUUUGAUCUGGCUGGAGAGGAGGAUCGGUACACCCCAACCACAAAGGGUCGCGCAUGGACUAAAUUGGAAUUCUCCAACGACGGGAAAAAUAUGCUUCUCGGCACGGACUAUCAUGGUCAUUUCGUGCUUGACGCUUUUGAUGGGAUAGUCAAAUCAUUUCUGGUAGGGAAGACGGCAGGCACUGGACGGGCAGCUCCGGUGUCGAAAUCGGGAAAGCCGCUCGGUCAGGGAGACGUCUGUUUUACACAAGAUGGGAGGUAUGUCGUCGGUGGGGCUGGUGACCAGCCAGACCUGCUAGUGUGGGAUACCCAUAAUGUCACCGAUAUUCGACAGGAGCCCAUGGUUCGAUUGACGAGCCGAGGAAUCAAGGCGCCAGUGGUACAAUGCAAUCCCCGCUACAACAUGCUCGUAACUGCUGACACGAGGGUGUGUAUGUGGCUGCCUGGCGAUCAGAUCAAGAACCCAGAACUUUGA